AGUCCAACUUUCACUUCUCCUGCUGGUUAUAUUCAGUGGGCCAAUUAUUCAACUGGCUAUUUGCAGUAAAAUAUCAGAGCGCUUAAAAUAAAUGCUGUGUUUCAGGCUGCUAUAAUGAGUGAAGACUCUUCUGAAAACAACGAAGGAAGUCUAGAGAUCUGUACAGUAGGAAAAGAAGAAGAAGAAGGAAAACUGGCUCAAGGGCUUCUACCCCGAAUUCCCAGCUCUCACAAAACUGCCAAAAAGGGUCUUCCUGUGAUUGUGGAUGAAGGAAGACUUCUGGAUAAGCCACCUCUGUCAUACAUAGCUUUGAUUGCAAAGGCGAUACUUUCUUCCCCCACAAAUAAACUGAAUUUAGCUGCUAUCUACAAAUAUAUUGAAGAUAAUUUUCCUUUUUACAGGAACAAAGGUCGAGGUUGGAGGAACAGUGUAAGGCACAACCUUUCACUAAAUGAUUGUUUCAUCAAGGUGGGAAGAUGUGAGGAUGGCAAAGGAAACUACUGGAGUAUUCACCCAUCAAACUUAAAUGACUUUGUUCAUGGGGACUUCAGGCAACAUCGAAGGUCACGAAAGCGAGGGCACCAAAAGGAGGUAAAGCACUGCCUUGCUGUGAAUUAUUUCACACCAUGGGAACUCUCUCCUUCCUGCCCAGCACCAAAUUGGCUUUACCAAACACAUUAUUUUCCGGAUCCACUGUGGAAACUUCUGUAUGCUGACAGACUGCAGUUUGUGCAUGAAUACCAAAAGUGGAAUGUAAACAGUGAUUUAAUCAUGGGGAAGUUUUCACCUCAAUUACAGACUGAUAAACCCCACAGCAUUUCUGGGGACUGGUUUUAUGGAUCUCCUGCCACUUCAUUUAUGCAGCAGAAUAUUUUCCUAAAUAUUCAGCCAGGUUUCCCUAACUCCCUUUUAUUCUCUUCUCAAAAACAGCACCAAAGUGAAGCAUUCAGACACAUCUGUAAGUACUAGAAAGUAUUUGAAGUGCUUGAAUAACUUCACAGGUAUCUUGGGACUCUGUCAAGAUAUGUAUGUUGCACAAUUUUGAAAUUUUGUAUAUGUUUAAAGACAGCAGAAGAGUUUGCUUACUUAUAUAAUCCAUUGAUUAUCCAUGAUUAUUACCUAAUGUAUUGGCUUUGAAGCCAUAACAAUGAUUUUUUAAUAAUUCUGCUAGUCAAUGGCCAUGCAUAGAUUACUUCAGUAUAAAAGCAAAUCCAUCAGCACUGCCUAAUGAAAUUAUUUUUAAAUUGUUCUGUAUUAAUCAUAU